UCAGGUUAAGUCUCCAAAGAAGUGUUACUUGUCUCAGAUCAAUUUUCUCAAUAUUUAUCACUUUUUCCAAUGUGUUACUAAUACGUUAACCAUUCUGGUAUAUACAAUUUUAUUUAAUUCCUAUGUGGCUUUCCAUAAAUUCUCACCGAUUACACCAAAGCAUUAGUGGGUUUUUGACAGUAACUUCAAGAAACUGUUAAGACUGUUAAGGGAAAAUCACUUCUGAUGAGAACUUGAAUAAGAAGGACCAGAUUGACUUAGAAAUGGCAGUCAUUUGAAAGAGGAUGUAUCUUUUAUGAGUUAGUGGGAGGACUGCUUAGUAGGCAACUGGAUGACAUUCUAGUGAGAUGCCAGGAGGGAGGACUAUAGAGAGAACCAACACCCAGCACCAAGGUAUAUAAAGAAGUCUAACCUGUAACAAGCACACUUCAGCAACGUGUUCUCUGCAGUUUAAUCAAGGCCCGGUUGUCUAUCUCUCUAUCCCUAUAAUGUCUAAUAACUUUUGCUCAGAAAUCCACAGGUCUCCUUCUUGUAGGAACUCUAGUCAUGUUCCUGUCACCUCACCUGUCACCAGUGGUCUCUGCUCCACUGAGACCAGGGGGAGAGAUGCUCCUUGCUCUCCUACUAGCAGCCUGGGCAGCAACACACCACAAGACAACUGUCAAGAGCCCUGCGGUGAACCCAGCAGUUGCCAGUCAACGAGCUGCAACAGGAGCACUAGCAGACCUUCAGUCUGUUCUCCGACUACUUCAGGAGUAUCUGGAUCCCAGGAAGGAACUAGCUGUCUUCCCAACACGUCCCGCCAUUCCAGCCUUGGCCGUGCAACGUUCUGUAGACAGCCUAUGAGUUGCUACGUUCCAAGUUACCUGUCUAAUGGAUGUCAACCCUUGGGCUAUCUGACCUAUGGCUGUCCACCACUGAGAAACCUGACCUACGGAUGUCGGCCUUUCAGCUGCCUGCCUGGCUGCUACGGGCCCACGAGCUGUAAUUACAGCAGCUUUCAACCCUACUCCUCUUCCUUGAGUGGUUGGCGUUAUCCUUACUGA